AUGUUUUUACAAUCCGAGUUUAAGUCACUCACCUGGCUUUUCACAUUACUCUUCUUGAUCAUGUUGGUGUUGAAACUGGAUGAGAAGGCACCUUGGAACUGGUUCCUCAUAUUUAUUCCAGUCUGGAUAUUUGAUACUAUCCUUCUUGUCAUGCUGAUUGUGAAAAUGGCUGGGCGAUGUAAGUCUGGCUUUGACCCUCGACAUGGAUCGCACAAUAUUAAAAAAAAAGCCUGGUACCUCAUUGCAAUGUUACUUAAAUUAGCCUUCUGCCUUGCACUCUGUGCUAAACUGGAACAGUUUACUACCAUGAAUCUGUCCUAUGUCUUCAUUCCUUUAUGGGCCUUACUGGCUGGGGCUUUGAUAGAACUUGGAUAUAACGUCUUUUUUGUGAGAGACUGAC